AUCGUGGACGUGGUUGAUCUGCUGCCCGGCCCCAUCUGGCACAUCAUCUUCUGCCACGUGCUGCUGGGCGAAUUGCACGAGGGACGCAGGACCUCGCGUCUCCUUCGACUUUUGAAUCGACUCAAAAAUAAACUGCGGAACCGGGGUAGCUCCUCGGAGCAGCAACAUGCGGAGGCAUCGAGAACCUUCGGCUCCUGCUGGCCUCUGCUGCGCUGCGCCAUGGUCUGCAAGAGGCUCCUUUAUCUUGUCGCCUCCUUCCCC